CUGGCGUCUCAGCAUGAUGACGUCACUCGCUGAUGACGUGUCGUUUUGUUUACAGCGGCGCAUUCAGAGAAAUGGCUGUGGACAUAACUCUACUUUUCAAAGCCAGCGUGAAGACCGUGAAGACCAGAAACAAGGCGAUAGGGAUCGGGUUCGACUCGACGAAAGAUGAGAUUUUCAAAAGAAGCAGAACGAAGAGCGGCUUCUCCCAGAGAGCGAAAGAAGUGAUCACAAACAUCACCAAGCUCAAAGACUUUCUGCUUCAACACCGAAAAGAUUACAUAAGUGCUGGGAGUCUCAUUUCAUCGGACCUGACACGCAUGACGGAUGGCGAACGGGACCAGAUUGACCAGGAUGCUCAGAUCUUCAUGAGGACGUGUUCUGAAGCCAUCAAGCAGCUCCGCAGUGAAGUGGAGAAGCAGGCGGCACCAGCUCAGAUUAAGGAGCACAGAGGAGCCGUGCUGGACCUUGUAGAGACGUACCUGAGAGGCGUCUGUAAGGUCUACUCUGAGCAAAGAGCCAUACGAGUCAAGAGGAUGGUGGACAAGAAGAGGCUAUCAAGACUGACACCCGAGCGGCCCAGUCGAGCAGAGAAAACUCUGGAAGUGGAGCCCACAGAGGAGAAAACGAGAGAGGAAAGUUCAGAGAAGAGCUCAUCAGAGGUCCAGGGCAGCUCUGUCAGUUUGUGGGAAGAGGGCAGAGUGGAGGAUGAGCUUUCUCCUGAGGAGAUCCAGAUG